UUUUCUGAUAAACCGCCUCCUCCUGUGAGCGGGGGGGGCGAGAGGUGCUUCUCUUCUGGGGACGUCGAGGCUCCGGUGAAGUAACGGAGAGACGAGUCGGUGAUGAGAAAUCCUCUCCAGGGAUGUAGCGGCUGCUGCACACACGCACGCACACACGCACACACGGACACGCGCGCGCCUCCGUUACUUGGAAACCGUCGGUUCGCCGCGGAAACUUUUUCUCUUCGGAUGGAAGAAGUUCUGAGACAAAGCGGUGCUCGCGGGGCUGUUUUCGUCUCCACCGAGUUGUGAUGCUGGAGGCAGCCGGGCUCUGAGCCACGCGAUGUCUUGGGGGGAGUUCAUCGAGCUCCGUGACCUGAGGCCGGACGGGGAGCAGAUGGAGCGGACGCACUGCCCACACUCGCCCUGCUCGCCGCCGCGCCUGGAGAGAGCCAACGCCCUGAGGAUCAGCCCGGGGAAGGUGCCGGACCUGCUGAGCCGGGUGGGCAUCAUCCGGGUCCUGAGCAGCACCCAGGACCCCCACCUCCCCGAGGAGAAGGGAGAGGGACACAACUUCCAGCCCUGCAGCAACGCUCAGCCCACCUGGUGCGACCUGUGUGGAGACUUCAUCUGGGGCCUGUACAAGCAGAGCCUGCGCUGUGCCAAUUGUAGAUUCACGUGCCACUACCGCUGCCGCGCUCUGAUCCAGUUGGACUGCCGCUGGGACCGAGGCUCCGUGGCUGACCACACGUUGGUGGUGGAGCACACCAUAGAAACUGACACCAAUGUGGAUGAACAAACCGCAUGGGGAAAGCAGGAACUGACGACUGCAGAUAUUCAGCAGAAGGUGAAGGAAUACAACGCUCAGAUCAACAGCAAUCUGUUCAUGAACAUGAACAAGGAUGGUUCCUUCACUGGCUUUAUAAAGGUGCAGUUCAAGUUGGCCCGUCCUGUGUCAGUUCCACCUCCAAAGAAAGGAGGUCAGGAUGCUGGAGGGAGGAAGGCUGCCGGAGUGAAGCGCCGCACCUCUUUCUACCUGCCAAAGGACGCAUCCAAGCACCUGCACAUCAGCUCACGCACUUCUGCCCGGGAGGUCAUCGAGGUUUUGUUGAAAAAGUUCACUGUGGUGGACAACCCUGGCAAGUUUGCCCUGUUCGAGCGCAGUGAGCGCCAUGACCAAGUUUACGUUCGCAAGGUGUCCGACAAUGAGAGUCCCCUCCGUCUGCGCCUGUGCACCGGGCCCAACGAGAAGGUCCUCAGCUUCGUUCUGAAAGAGAAUGAAACUGGAGAAGUUAAUUGGCAUGCCUUCUCCAUGCCUGAGCUGAAGAACUUCCUGCGCAUCCUGCAGCGCGAAGAGGAGGAGCACGUCAAGCAGAUCGUGCAGCGGUACGCUCAGGCGCGCACUAAGAUGCGGGAGGCUGUGGCUGGCUCGACCCCCGGCUGAGGCGACUCUGCGUUGGGAGGGGUUUUGCGUGCACCGCUUUGCCUGGACAAACCAGUCAUCGCUGCAUCCGAAGAUCCCGGCUAACACAACUCUAAAACGCCUCUUGGGUGAACGAGAGAGUGAGACAGGGCGCAAGACAGUGAGAGAGCGAGAGAGAGCUAGCGCGAAUGUGCGUGUGAAAUGAUGCGAGAGAUGCGACGUGCCUUACACCUGGAGAGUCUGAUGUGCCUGAGAGAAUUGAGUUGAGAGAAGCGACACUGGCAGAUGAGGCCGUGACUGUAUACAGUAGUGUCUGAUAAUCCUGUGUACCUCAGCGGUGUCACUUUAACUUAGAAGAAAAUGGCAGGCAUGGUUUUUUAGCAUUUUUUGGGGGGUUGAGAAAUCGUAUUGAUAUACAUUGCUAAAGCCGAGCCUCAUUAUUUGAUCUGAUAAUUAAUCUGGAAAUUGCAUUCCUUUUUUCUUUUUCUUUUUUUACCCAGUUUACAAAAUUGGUAACCUGUCCAAUCAUGACAUUCCUGCUAAGGUCAUUUAACUUAAUCUAGUCCUUAAACAACCUACCACAGAUACUAAUAAACUUUUAUAUGGCCAUUUCUUCUCUUUUUCUUGGAAAGUUAAAUACACAUUUGGUGCUGAAGAGUAUUUUGGGUUUUCAUUUGACCCGGCCUCAAAAAUCUGCCAGUUCCUCUCCACACCCCCGAUGGGUGCAACUCUUUUUUUAUUAUUUUACUGUCAAAUUGUGAAUUUGACUGAUGUAUGGACAUUUGUAUGCUACUAUGAAUGUCGGAGAGAAGUGUCACUCUGGUUGACUGGAACCUUGAAUGAAUAUUGGUAUACAUGUGUUUUUCACAAAAAGCUGUUUGUCAUUCCUUCAUAUCUUUGUUUUCUUCUGUUCUUUUAAGAAACGUUUGUCUGUAGUUUUUCAGUUUACUUUCAGUCUAUGCGCAUAUUUCCGUGUUGAAGCCACAAUUCCAAAUGUGACAAAUGUGCACUUUGUUCAGUAAAAAAUUUACCAGUUCACAUAAGUUUCUGUAUUUUCUGAAUAUCUAAAUAAAAUACCCUACUUUUUGUUAAA